AGAAUCCUUUCGGAGAGCCGUGUGGGAGGAGAAUCUGAGGAUGAUCCAGGACCACAACAGCCAGGCUGAGCAGGGAAAACACACCUACAAACUCGGGAUGAAUCACUUUGGUGACCUGACCCAUGAAGAGAUUAACCAGAGGCUGAAAUGUCUCCUUCCUGACUCGGAUCGGGCAGCUCUCAAGAACGCCGUCCCCUUCAAGCCCUCCGAAGACCUGCAGGUUCCCCCCGGGCUGGACUGGCGAGCCAAAGGGGCCGUGACUGAGGUCAAAGAUCAG